AUGGCAUUGGCGAUCGCGGUCGGCGACCCUAUUAGCAGAACCCGCGUGGUUGGCGGGCUGGCCCUCGUCGCGCUCGUAGUCGUCAUCGUCGUGCACCUCGUGCGGCGGCGCGAAGCUCGGCGGUGGGUGCUGCCAGUCCGGUUUGGCAGCGUCCGCAGCAGCAAUUCAGGCUAUUACAGGAAAGCUCGGACGAGCGACAUCGAGGAUGGGGAUGGGACGUAUCUGCCAUCUUGGCGUCCAUCCCUCCUCCAUCAAAAGAUGUUGCCCGGCCCAUCUCUGCCAUCCUCUUGGUCUGACCUCCGCUCGCGGCUGGGGCUCAGUUCCGCCAGCCUCUCCCAUCGAGCUGACCCCGACCGGUACCGGGACGUAGAGGACACUGAAAUCGAGAUGGCGGACGACGGAGACGAGAUGUCGCUCCCGACCAACGGCGCAACUGUUUCGCAUGGACACAGGACACGGAGCACGCUCAGCGGGAGCUCAAGAAGCAUGACCACCGGCGGGGCCAUCGAAGGUGAAGCGCUCCCUUCAUUGCCUCCAUCGCAGAGCACUCCGACACCACCGGGUCUCCCGAGCAAACGCGUAUCGCCUGCGGUGACCGCGAGGCGUGCUUCCCUCCCUAUAACACCCAUUUCUCCCUCUGACUCGAACAUGAGCCCGAGCUCGUUUUCGAGCAACCGCAACACCGCCAUGCACCCCUUCGUCCGCCCUCUCCCGACGCCCCCUACCAUGUCUGGAUCGGGGGCAUCCCAGAUGACCCCUUCAGCGAUGGCAUUCAGCCCGCUCAGCCCUGUGAGCCCGGCGAAUCUUGCGCGGAACGCGAGCUAUGCGCGCUCGCGAGGGAUGGACCCCGUACCCGAGGACGCCGAUGCGGAUGCAAGUGAGUAUGCAGAAACCAGGUCCCUGCGCCAGCUCCCUUCGCCACCUGCAUCUCCAGACCAGGACCACGUCGACGCGCGCAGGCGCGGCUCGUCCGUGUCCUCGUCGCGCCGACCCAGUCUUGCCGGGCGUCAGAGCGCGCCCAAUGCACUGCCUUCCUCUUACCGCCCGCGCUCGUCCACAGGGCCGAGCGUCGGGCUGCCGCUCACUGCGGCAUUUCAGACGAGCGUCCUGAGGACGGGGAGUGGUGCGUCGUCUUCGUCUAUCGCGCCCAGUCGGAGCUCGUUCGCGCAUGGACAACGGUAUCCGUCGAUCACCACAUCGUCGCCACCGCCACGAUCACGCCCGAGCUCUGCCAGCGUAUCCUCAAUGUCCUCUGUCAUGGCUGCCGCGCGAGCAUCGCCGUCGCCAUCGCCUGCCCCAGAUACCAACGACGUGAUGGCACGACCCACGGAGGCAUUCCGCCGGAUGAGUACGACAGAUAUCCGCCAACGCCACCCGCGCGCUUCCUCGUCGCGCCCGGACAGCCCAAACGCAGAGGGACAGGCGCGCGCGUUCCUGCGCACGUCUGACGCGCUGGGUAUGCCUCAGGUGUACGAGACGACAACGAGUGGGACGUCGUCUCGGCCCUCUUCCUCCCAUCGGCAUGCUGUGGUGUAUAACCCACCUCCACCUGGUACCGGCAUUUCUGGGGGCGCGCCCCCCUCCUCCUUUGCGUCGUCUCGGCCACUGCCCCUUACGCCCACUUCCCCGCCUGCGCUCAGUCCCAUCGCGACGCCGGCUGCGUCCUCCUCUGCCCCACGACUAUCUGUCCACACGAACCCACGCGCUCCGGGCACGGGAAGUGCACAGCCAUCCGCUGUGAACUGGAAAUCGCUCGCGAGCGGAUCGCGCACUUCGCUCGCGUCGACUCACCACUCAAGUUCGCAAACCCCACUUCCAAGGAGCAGAUCCAAUAGCGUCAGAAGUGUAAGGACCUUGCCCUCUCAUCUCCCGCCCCUGGACCCAUUGCCGCCGCUUUCGAUCGGGCUGAAGGGGUCUUCGGAGGAGGAUAAUGAAGAUGAUCUCCGAGCUCAGGGCAGGAAGCGGUGAGCUGCCAUGCGGAGUCUGUGCAAGAGGAUGCUUGACAGAACAUGAAAUCGUGGAUUGAUGAGGAUGACAAGCAUGUCUUCCUGUAUUCGGCUGUCCGAUUAACUUAUGUGAAUUUCGACUGGAUUCAGAAGCGGCCGGGACGUCAGGUACCAGAACCCGGAGGCCGCUAGGCGCUCGUUGUACUAUGUAGUUACUGAUGUGCUGGCUGUCACCAGUGUAGCUGUAGCUGGUUCCGACUGGGAUUCGUUGUUGUGAUGUUUGUUGUAAUAUAUGACACGAGUGUACGAUUGGACG